GUGGAUGUGAAGGAGUGGGUGGGAGGCCCCAGGAGGCAGCUUGUUGUUGUGGAGCUUAACCCACGCCAGAGAAAGUCUUCCUCAAUUAUUUAAUUUCCUUGGUGCCCUCCUCGUCUCCUUCUGCCAAAAUGAGUGAGACGAGUGCAGUCGUGGAGAAAUCUCUUCGUUCAGUCUUUGUUGGUAACAUUCCAUAUGAAGCAACUGAAGAGAAACUCCGUGACAUAUUCAGCCAGGUUGGCCCUGUGCUGUCAUUCAAGCUUAUGUAUGAUCGUGAAUCUGGUAAACCAAAAGGCUAUGGAUUCUGCGAGUAUAAGGAUCAAGAAACUGCUCUUUCUGCCAUGCGCAAUCUUAAUUCUUAUGAAAUUGGUGGGCGUCCCCUACGGGUUGACAAUGCAUGUACAGAAAAAUCUAGGAUGGAGAUGCAAAGUUUAAUGAUGGGCCCAGUUGUGGAAUCUCCUUAUGGUCCUGAAGUUGAGCCAAGCAAAGCACCAGAAGCAAUCAGUAAUGCAGUAGCAUCUCUGCCUCCUGAACAGAUGUAUGAACUGAUGCGUCAAAUGAAGCUAUGUGUGCGAAACAAUCCUACUGAGGCUCGCACUAUGCUUAUGAACAACCCUCAGCUUGCAUAUGCACUUCUUCAAGCUCAGGUAGUUAUGAGGAUCAUUGAUCCUAAGACAGCUGUUCAGAUACUUCAUGGAGGGCGGGAGGUGGUUGAACCUUUAAUGCCUGCUGGAACUGUGGCUCCACCUGCUUCAGUACCACUGCCAGCAUCUGCCCCACCUACCCUUAAUGGAGGACUACCUCCUGUCCCUAACAGUGGACCUCCACCACCCUCAAACUUACCCACACGUUAUCCACCACCAAUGACAAGUGGGCCUACGAACUUUCAGGGUCCACCGCCUGGUCCACCGCCAAAUCGAGGUCCGCCUUUCCCAGGAGGUGACUUUGAUAUGCGGCAGUUAAGUGGAGCACCGAGGGGACCUCCUCCCCAGGGAAAUGAUCAGGACAUGCGACUACCUCCACCUGUAUUGACAGGUCCCCCUCCACCACAUGAUAACUAUGGUGGAUCACAUCAUGACUUUGACAACAGCCGACAAUCAAAGGAAUCUGAAGGCAACGAUAGGUAUCCCCGUGAUCCACGUGGUGAUUAUGACCAGCGAGACCAAAGGACAGAUCAGCGUGAGCAGCGGUUUCGAGAACCUCCUCCAAGUCGUGAACCCCGAGAAAACUUUACCCGUGGUGAUCCACGAGAUAACAGAGAACGUGAACGCGAGUCUCGCAGCUAUCGUGAUUCUCGGGAAGGCCGGGAACAGAGAAGUGGUGAAUCGCGUGAACAGCGUGAAAACAGAGAUCCUCGAGCUGCAGACAGAGACAGAGAUUAUCGUAGUAAUCCUCCCAGCGACACUCGUGAUCCACGAGGGGGACGACCAGCUUUCCCUCAGGAUAAAGACUUCAGAAGUGGUGGAAACCCCCCUCCUCCCAUAGGUGGACCUUCCCAACCUCCUCCUCGUGUGGUUCCCCCACCACCAGCAGCUCCCACUACUCUCCCAGCCAGUCUUGCUGGCCAGGAUCAAGAGAAGGCCAGUCUGAUUAUGCAGGUCUUGCAGCUGUCGGACGAACAGAUAAAGAUGCUACCACCAGAGCAACGAGCCUCCAUUCUUCAAUUGAAGGAACAGAUUCAGCGCUCUCAACAUUAGAAUAUGCUCAUAUUUUAAUUUUAUGAAAUGGAUCACAAAGAACAUUGAUAUCAGCCAAACUAUUUGGUAUUAACUCUACCCAUUUAUUUUUUUUUUAAACUACAAAAUACUUUCUGAAUAUUUACUAUUAUUUCUUGUGCCAAUUUAUAUUUGUUGUGGAAUAUAAUAUGCAAAAGUAAUUAAAAGCAAAUUUAUAUUAAUUGUAUUUGUAAACUACAUACAGUACAUUGCACUUUUUUUCUUACAAUCCCUUCAUGGGGAUACCUUGAUGCCAGUGAAGGUCUGUUGAUCCAAGGAACAGGACUUAUCCUCCCCUGCCUUGGAUUGAACCUGAAAGCCUCCCAUUUCCGAGGCAUUCAAAAUAAAAUAAAUUCAGAGUGGGUAUGUGGCUUUUAUAGUUUUCCUUGGAGCCUUCCUCAAGAGGUUCAUUGAUACAUAGAAUUGGAAUGGUUCUUCCCUUGGAUCAAAUCUGAUUGCCUCCCAUUCUAGGCACUAUGACCCCUAUGGGUUUAGUGCUUUCCCCUAAAUAUAAUCAUCUUAGCUGUACUCCUUAUUUUCUUCAUGAUGAUGAAUGAGACAUUACUUUAUUCUCUUGAAAUUCCAUGACUGACAUCCUCCACUGAGUCAUGGGCCAUCCUCAGAACCUGGAACUGCUUUUGAGCAAUCCCUUGUUGCCUGAACCAAGUACCAGUGUUUUACAUAUCCUAUCUGUUAUCUCUGGCCUUUGCUUUACCUUGACCAUGCCAAAAGAUCUGGACAAAUGAAUGAUGAUACUGAAGCAAUACCACACACACUUGAGAAACACUUGAAUCCUAUAGCUCAGGAAGAGGUCUUGAAACAUUGAUAGUGGACAAAAUUCUUUACCUUUCAUACAAACUCUGAGGUGUACCUUACUGACCAUGCCCUUAAGAUGCACAUUAUCAACAUAUCACCAACCCAGACAAUAAACUUACAGUUCUAUACUAUUGGCAACACUGCCAUCACAUUAUAUUCAUUUCUCAAUUCAAGCUAUGAAACCAUUAUCAUCCCAUCCCAUACACCUUAAUACAGUAAGACAUCAAAUAAUGCACUUCAGAUAUCCAAGAGCAACUUCACAAUACUGUACCUCUCUAUCACUCAUGUUAGUCAUGCCCAAAGGCAAAAAUUAUUUCAGCUGCUGCAACCUACUCUCCUUGGUUAACAUUGAAAGUAAACUCUCAGAAGUGAGAGACUGCAAAUUAUCACCCUAACAGUGCUGAAAAUGCUAAUAUGGCCACCUGGGCAAACAUGUAGAUUGAAUGAAGAAUAUUUGGCGUGGAGCAAUAGACCAUUGUGGCAAAACACAUCUCUCAUUCUAGUCAGUGUCCCACUUCCUUAUGAGAAUGUGAAAUUUCAUAUUUGAAGGAUUGUUGUAUAAUCAGGCUGUGAUAUAGUUAUAUCAAAAUAAGAGUUUGUUGUAUGAUCUGACUGACCCAUUUAUAUUUAAAAGAGGAUUUGUAUGUAUAAUCAAGCUGUGACCUAGUUACAUCAGAGAGUAUGCAUAGGCACACUGUGACCUACUUACCUCAAAAAGGGAUAACAUGUUGCUCAUAUUUCUGAGUUGUCUGACAUUCUUGACACCCUAUGACUUAAACCACCACUACAGUUUUUAACCCUUAAACUGUCCAAACGUAGAUCUACGUUUUUUCAACAUUUGAAAGUAUGUAAAAAAUGGAGAUUUUUUUUUUUGUUUUUUACCUUUGAAAACGUGUAAAGAACCUUGAUCUACAUUUUUUUUUUUUUUAGAUUUGAAAAUAUGUAUAAAAACAUAGAUCUACUUUUGGAGCACUAUGCAUGUGAACGUAGAUCUGUUUGGACAGUUUAAGGGUUAACAUGAUGUUCUCACUGCUGACAUUCCAACCUCUUCACCAGCUGUCACCCCUCUGUCUCCCAGAAACCUAACAAACCCCCACACAAGACCUCAUUUAAAACUUUUAAUAACCUCAUUCUUUGACUUCUUCCUUAUCAAUGAAAUGCAGAAAUGCAUGCACCCUUCCCCCCCCCCAUCGUUUUCCUACUAUUUUUCUCCAACUCGGGAAGCAGCUCCUUUGGCAGGUUAUCUUCUGCAUCACAUUUCCCUGACCUAAGAGACACUUGAGGCUAUAUCUUCUUUAAUUAAAAAAACAUCAGAAAAAGACCUUGAAACCCUCCAUCCUAAACAAGGAAAAUCCACAGGACCAACAACAAACAAAACAUACAGACAUACCACAUGACUGACAAUAUGUUACAGCAUCUAAGCUUCAUACAUUUGUAUUCACAAAGGUACUUCACAACUCCUACACUCUUACCUAUAACAAACCCUAUUUUUAAUACUAUCAAUAUAUCUCGUGCAAAUCAUAUCUUAAUACCACCCCAUAAUGACUUAACUUAUAACCAUUGCCCAUAGCCACCAUCUACCAUUAUGUACCAUUGUAUUAUAACCGAUAAUGACAAUACAGUAUUAUAAUGAACUAUUGCCCCUGAAAGAGGUUCCUUGAUGUGUGAGGUGCUCUUGAUCCAAAGAAUUAGCACCCUCAAGGGAGACUCCUCUAAGCCAGCCUAGUGAGUGUAGAGGGGUGUUAAUGUUGCAGUUUAAAAACUGUAGUGUAAAACAUCCUUCUGGCAAGACAGUGAUGGAGUGAAUGAUGGUGAAAGUUUUUCUUUUUCAGGCCACCCUGCCUUGGUGGGAAUCGGCCAGUGUAAUAAAUAAAAUAAAUAAAUAAUAAUAAUCCUCUAAGCUAGUAAGGGGCUCUUGACUCAAGGAAUUGAAUUUGCUGUCCUCUUCCUUGGAUCAAACCUGAAUGCCUCCCAUUCCCCAGGUACUCUAUAACCCUACAUGUUUAGUGCUCUCCUCCUAAAUUUAAUACAAAAUAAAGAGAUGCACCUGACCUCCCCUUCAUUUCCUCAGGUACUGUAUGAGCUCUACAAAUUUUAGCACUCUUCCACCCCAUCCCACGAAUGUAAUAAUAACAAUGGAAUACAGUAUACAGGAAUUUAGGAGAACUUCAAAGGUUGAUUUCUCAGUUUUCCUGUAUGUAUUUGUUGAUAUGAACCUAAAUUACAUAACACAAUUGGACUUCCAACCUAUGUACUUCUACAUAGGUUGGAUGUCCUAUACAGCCUAUCACACAAUGAAAGUGCCCUAAUAUGAACUAUUCAGUAUCUUUUAAUUUCUGUUUAUAUUUAGCUGAGCUACACUGCAGCCCACAUCUAUUUGGACAAAUGGUACAUGAUCUAUCUGCCUUUUGUACUGUUCUCCCUUACAAAUCAGUCCUUUUUUUUUCCUGACUGCCUCUCCACGUUUUGAAUACUGGUGUUCCCACACAUAGAUUACCAAACCCAUUCUCGUGUAUAUCAUCAUUACAGUCAUGAAGAACACUAAAUUUAGCCGUAGUGUCAUACACUCCCAUGGGUAUUAGGCAAAUAGGUUUGAUCCAAGGAAGAGAGGUUAGGUUGAAUUUCAUCGAUCUAGAAUCCCUCACUGGCAUCAAGUAACCUUCCUUGGAGGAAAAUGAUAUAAAAUACUGACACAAUGGAAAAAGACACAAAUCCAUACAAUGUGAUCCUUUAUUGAUAAUGUAUCACCCACAGAGUGGACUUUAUCAAGUCAGCCAGCUCUGUUUGUGGCUAUAAAGCCCACUGUGUGGGUGGUACAUUAUUAAUAAAGGAUUGCAUUACACUACAUGUGUGUCCCUUUCUAAUCUUCCUUGAGGGGUCUCCUUUUUUAUACACGUCUCGUGUAUGGAUAUCCAACAGUUCCUCAUUCAUAGUGCUAGAGUUCAAGUGGACAGUAAAAAACUAUCUUCAUGACAGUGAUCAGAGAGCAGGCACCAACCUUGACAUAAAUUUUGCACUUGCACUAACCUCUGAUUCCAUUAACUCAACCCUUACACAUCCUCAGAACAUAGCACUAUGACCAUUUUUUUAGGGCUAUUCUGAUACUACUACUACUUUAUUGAUUAUAUUUUUUGUGAGGUUAUGCUUAAUUAUGCUACAUUCACAGAAGUUAAUGCAAACUCAGGGUUGGCCCACUUUUCAUAUACAGUACAGUACAUGUAGCAUAAUUAUUUUAUAGAGAAAAUGUAACACUUACCAGUGUACAAAUUAUUUCAAUAAAGAAUGAAGCAAUUUCAACAGUUUUAAA